GUUGUUAAAUAGUUUGAGAAAUAGGUUGGCUUUUCAAGUUUUAACUUGUUUAAGAGAUUCAAAAUUAACAUUCAAUUAUUUGAAAAAAAAAGAUGUUGACUAUUAUGUAAUUGUGACUGUAAUGUUAGUAUUGUCUCAGGCAUUUGUUUAGGUUAAAUGUCCUUCAGAUUUGAUCUAAUAAAUACCUUUUAGAUGGCAUUUGUUUUAGCAUGAUUAGGUUCUUCAUUGCCUUCAGGAUAGGAUAAAGUCCAAGUUUUAAAAUGUUGUUUACAACAGUUCCUCUCAAACUCUAAUGCACUUGUGAAUCUCCUGAGAUCUUGUUAAAAAUGAAGUUUCUAAUUCAUUUGGUUUAGGAAGGGGCCUGAGAUUCUGGAUAUCUAAUACAUUCCCAGGAGAUGUAGAUGCUACUUGCUGGUCCUUGGACGGACCAUACUUUGAAUAUCAAGUCUACCCGAUGGCCAAAAGAAAGGAAGAAAAUUUCUUCUCUCCUGAAAAUGCCAAAAGACCAAGACAAGAAGAGCUGGAUGACUUUGACAAAGACGGUGAUGAAGAUGAAUGUACAGUUUCUUUCACUAAUGGUACCUCUACUUUGACCGCAGCAGAAGUUGGAAUAAUUGAGAGUAUUCAGCUAAAAAACUUCAUGUGUCAUUCGAUGCUUGGACCCUUUAAAUUUGGUUCUAAUGUCAACUUUGUUGUUGGCAACAAUGGAAGUGGGAAGAGCGCCGUACUCACAGCUCUCAUCGUUGGCCUUGGAGGAAAAGCUGUCGCUACUAAUAGAGGCUCUUCUUUAAAAGGUUUUGUGAAGGAUGGACAGAACUCAGCAGAUAUCUCAAUAACAUUAAGGAACAGAGGCGACGAUGCCUAUAGAGCAAAUGUGUACGGCAACUCUAUAGUCGUGCAGCAGCACCUCAGCAUGGACGGAAGUCGAUCUUACAAACUGAAAAGUGAAACAGGCACUGUGGUUUCUACUAGAAAAGAAGAGCUGAUUGCGAUUCUUGACCAUUUUAACAUACAGGUGGAUAAUCCAGUUUCUGUUUUAACACAAGAGAUGAGCAAGCAGUUCUUGCAGUCUAAAAAUGAGGGAGACAAAUACAAAUUCUUUAUGAAAGCAACCCAACUUGAACAGAUGAAAGAAGAUUAUUCAUAUAUUAUGGAAACAAAAGAAAGAACAAAGGAGCAGAUAAAUCAAGGAGAAGAGCGACUUAUUGAGCUAAAACGCCAGUGUUUGGAGAAAGAAGAACGUUUUCAAAGUAUUACUGGUUUAAGUACAAUGAAGACUAAUUUAGAAUACUUGAAACAUGAAAUGGCUUGGGCAGUGGUCAAUGAAAUUGAAAAACAGUUGAAUGCUAUCAGAGAUAAUAUCAAAAUUGGGGAAGAUCGUGCUGCUAGACUUGACAGGAAGAUGGAAGAACAGCAGGUUAGACUUAAUGAAGCAGAAAAAAAAUACAAAGAUAUUCAAGAUAAACUGGAAAAGAUUAGUCAAGAGACAAAUGCACGAGCACCAGAAUGUAUGGCAUUGAAAACAGAUGUUACUGCUAAGAAAAAGGUCUACAAUGAAGCUGAGGUUCUAUAUAAUCGUUCUCUAAACGAGUAUAGAGCAUUAAUGAAAGAUGAUGAACAGCUUUGCAAAAGGAUUGAAGAACUAAAGAAAAGUACUGAUCAAUCUUUGGAACCUGAACGAUUGGAAAGACAAAAAAAAAUAUCUUGGUUAAAAGAGAGAGUAAAGGCCUUGCAGGAUCAAGAAAGCUCAAUCAAUCAAGAGAUCGAACAGUUUCAGCAAGCCAUAGAAAAGGACAAGGAAGAACGGAUCAGAAUUAAGAGAGAAGAAUUAGAUGUCAAGCAUACACUGAGCUAUAAUCAGAGGCAACUGAAAGAAUUAAAAGAUAGUAAAACUGAUCGACUGAAAAGAUUUGGCCCUCACGUUCCAGCCCUUCUUGAAGCAAUAGAUGAUGCCUAUAGACGUGGGCAUUUUACCUGUAAACCCGUGGGCCCUUUAGGAGCUUGCAUUCAUCUUCGUGACCCUGAACUUGCUUUGGCUAUUGAAUCUUGCUUGAAAGGACUUUUGCAGGCCUAUUGUUGCCAUAACCAUGCUGAUGAAAGAGUUCUUCAGGCACUGAUGGAAAGGUUUUAUUCACGAGGGACCUCCCGGCCACAGAUAAUAGUUUCUGAGUUUCGGAAUGAGAUGUAUGAUGUAAGACACAGAGCUGCUUAUCAUCCAGAGUUUCCAACAGUCCUGACAGCUUUAGAAAUAGAUAAUGCAGUGGUUGCAAACAGCCUGAUUGACAUGAGAAGCAUAGAGACAGUGCUUCUGAUCAAAAAUAAUUCUGUAGCUCGUGCAGUAAUGCAGUCCCAAAAGCCACCCAAGAAUUGUAGAGAAGCUUUUACUGCUGAUGGUGAUCAAGUCUUUGCAGGACGUUACUAUUCAUCUGAAAAUACAAGACCUAAAUUCCUAAGCAAAGAUGUGGAUUCUGAGAUAAGUGACUUAGAGAAUGAAGUUGAAAAUAAGAAGGCCCAGAUAUUAAAUCUUCAGCAACAUUUGUCUGCCCUUGAAAAGGAUAUUAAGCACAAUGAAGAGUUUCUUAGAAGGCGCCAAAUACAUUAUAGAGAGUUAAAGGUAAAAAUAACAGAAAGUAUUUCUGAAAUUCGGGAACUUGAGAAUAUAGAAGAACACCAGUCUGUAGAUAUUGCAACGUUGGAAGACGAAGCCCAAGAAAAUAAAAUCAAAAUGAAAAUGGUUGAGAAAAAUAUGGAACAACAAAAAGGAAAUAUGGAACAUCUUAAAAGUCUGAAAAUAGAAGCAGAAAACAAGUAUGAUGCAAUUAAACAGAAAAUUAAUCAGCUUUCAGACCUAGCAGAUCCACUUAAGGAUGAAUUAAACCUUGCUGAUUCUGAAGUGGAUAACCAAAAACGAGGGAAGCGGCAUUACGAGGAAAAGCAGAAAGAACACUUGGAUACUUUAAAUAAAAAGAAACGAGAACUCAAUAUGAAAGAAAAAGAACUAGAGGAGAAAAUGUCACAAGCAAGACAAAUCUGCCCAGAACGGAUAGAAGUAAAAAAAUCUGCAUCAAUUCUGGACAAAGAAAUUAAUAGAUUAAGACAAAAGAUACAAGCAGAACAUGCUAGUCAUGGAGAUCGAGAGGAAAUAAUGAGGCAGUAUCAAGAAGCAAGAGAAACCUAUCUUGAUCUGGAUAAUAAAGUAAGGACUUUAAAAAGGUUUAUUAAAUUGCUGGAAGAAAUAAUGACUCACCGAUACAAAACAUAUCAACAAUUUAGAAGGUGUUUGACUUUACGAUGCAAAUUGUACUUUGACAACCUAUUGUCUCAGCGGGCUUAUUGUGGAAAGAUGAAUUUUGACCACAAGAAUGAAACUCUGAGCAUAUCAGUUCAGCCUGGAGAGGGAAACAGAGCUGCUUUCAACGACAUGAGAGCCUUAUCCGGAGGAGAACGUUCUUUUUCCACAGUUUGCUUCAUUCUUUCUCUAUGGUCCAUUGCUGAGUCUCCUUUCAGAUGCCUGGAUGAGUUUGAUGUCUACAUGGACAUGGUUAACCGGAGGAUUGCAAUGGACAUGAUACUCAAGAUGGCAGAUUCCCAGCGUUUCAGACAGUUUAUCUUGCUUACCCCUCAAAGCAUGAGUUCACUUCCAUCAAGUAAACUGAUUAGAAUCCUUCGAAUGUCUGACCCUGAAAGAGGACAAACUACAUUGCCUUUCCGACCUGUGGGUCAAGAGGAAGAAGAAGACCGAAGUUGAUCUGUAACUUCCUAUGGCCUCCGCCGUGUCCUCAUGUUGAAGGACUUGUAAAGGGAAAAAGAUUCAGGAGUAUGUAAUGAAAUAAAAUGAAACUGAAGAUAAUCUAAAAUAAAAGAAACUCCUUUAUAUUUCUGGCCCCAAUAAAAUAUGUAAAUAAGUCUAGAAAGCCUACUACAACCGGCAAUUUAAAAUUUGUUACUUUACUUUGAGGAAAUUAAUUUCAUAGUAUUGGUUUUAAAUUUUUUUUAAGUUCGUUUUUUUUAACCAUCUACUUUUAUAGAUUGUUUUUCAGAAGUAAAAUUUUGUACAUAUGUACAUGUACAUAUCUGUUUAGUUUGGGUUCAUUUCUAUGGUAUUUUGUAAGAGUUAAAAUAAAAGUUUGAGCACCUGA